UCCUGGGGACUAGUGCAGAUUCCCAGGAGAUCAGAGAUGUCCACAGAAGACGAAGAAGAAAAGCUCAUCUAUGAGGCAGUGUUAAAUCAUUUCAAGAGCUGCAGAGUGGAGAUCUCACAUGCAAUAACGCACACAUUUCCUUUCCUGCAUGGCCUCCGUGACCGUGGACUCAUCACGGAUAGAAUGUUUCAGGAUGCAGAAAAUUCUUGGAGAAACAUGAUGCGUGUUGAACAUGUGGUGUAUGAUGUUCUUGAGAAACUGGAGAAGUUUGACGAGACUGUUUUCGAGGCAGUGUUCAACGAGGUCAACCUGCAGGAAUACCCCAAAUUAGUUCCUGUUCGUAAAAGCUUUGAAAUUGAAGUCAACCGCAAGCUUCAAUUCCAGAACAAUGUCAGAGGCCACAUAGAGGAGAAUUCCAGGAUUCAGCUGCCACUGGAACAAGAGAUGUCCACAGAAGACGAAGAAGAAAAGCUCAUCUAUGAGGCAGUGUUAAAUCAUUUCAAGAGCUGCAGAGUGGAGAUCUCACAUGCAAUAACGCACACAUUUCCUUUCCUGCAUGGCCUCCGUGACCGUGGACUCAUCACGGAUAGAAUGUUUCAGGAUGCAGAAAAUUCUUGGAGAAACAUGAUGCGUGUUGAACAUGUGGUGUAUGAUGUUCUUGAGAAACUGGAGAAGUUUGACGAGACUGUUUUCGAGGCAGUGUUCAGCGAGGUCAACCUGCAGGAAUACCCCAAAUUAGUUCCUGUUCGUAAAAGCUUUGAAAUUGAAGUCAACCGCAAGCUUCAAUUCCAGAACAAUGUCAGAGGCCACAUAGAGGAGAAUUCCAGGAUUCAGCUGCCACUGGAACAAGUCAUCCACAGCGAAGAAUCUGAAGCGCUCACCUAUGAAGACCAGCCCCCAGAAGCCUCCACUUCAACCGCGGGAGGAGCAGAGCAGUAUUUGCAUCAACCUGAACAUGGGAAUUGCCCCUGUGUCAUGUGCUUCUCAAAGGGAGGCCAAGAAGCACAGACUGGGAGUAACCAAGCUUCUGACACGACAAGACAAAGGAGAAGAUGCAACAAUAAACAAAGAAACGUCCAAGGUGCUAAAAAAGGGACAAGAAGAGUCAACAGUGAUCCUUUGAAAAGAGGCAGGAAGAGAGGGGCAAAAAGAGUCAACAAUGGUCCUUUGAAAAGACGCAGGAGAACAGGGACAAGAAGAGUCAACAGUGAUCCUUUGAAAAGAGGCAGGAAGAGAGGGGCAAAAAGAGUCAACAAUGGUCCUUUGAAAAGACGCAGGAGAACAGGGACAAGAAGAGUCAACAGUGAUCCUUUGAAAAGAGGCAGGAAGAGAGGGGCAAAAAGAGUCAACAAUGGUCCUUUGAAAAGACGCAGGAGAACAGGUCGAAGAAUUCCUAUACAAAAAAUUGCAAAAUUCAACGGUCCUGAGCUUCCCGUCGAAUGUGGACCCAUGGAGGGGAUUCUAUACAAGAAUCUGCUGCAACAAGGCUCCAGUCAGAAGUGUAUACAGGGUGAGGAUGGACGGUUCUUCACCCUGCGAGAAUUUGAAAUUGAAGGCGGCUACAAGGCAUCCAGGAACUGGAAGCAAAGCGUGCGCUGCCUCGGGUGGCCCCUGAAAUUUUUGAUCCAGAAAGGAUUUCUGCAAAACCCACCAAGAAGCAGAAGAAAGCGUACACAGCAGUCUGACAGCAGCAUCUCUAUUGACCCUUAUCCAGAGAACUCCAAUGAGUGUGACAUGUGCUGCCAAGGGGGGAUGAUUUACUGCUGCGAUACCUGUUCAAGAUCCUACCACCAGGACUGCCACAUCUCACAUAUAGACCCUAAGAGCAACCCAUGGAGUUGCCUCAACUGCAGGACCAAAGACAUGUGGCAGAGUUGUGGGAAGAAACAGCCACUUCAUCAGGAAUCAGAGGUGCUGCAGAUGCAGAUGCAGCCUGAGCAGCAGCUGAGAUGCGAGUAUCUCCUCCUGAAGGUAUACCAGUGCUCAGAAAGUACCGCUUUUGCCUCGAAACCGCAUUAUGGCACCCAGCCAUGCCAGGGCACACAGGGGCCCGUGUUAGACGAGAUCAAGAAGAAGCUGCGCAGUCAGGUGUACUCGCACGUGGGGGGCUUCGUGCAGGACAUGCGCCUCAUCUUUCAGAACCUCAAGGCAUUUUGCAGCGAUGGAGUGUUCCUGAGUGAACUCGAGGCCAAGUUUGAGAAGAACUUCCAAUGUAUUUUUGCAGUUCAGGAAACCGGGCAGAGCAUGUCUUAGUUGGAGCCCACCGCUUGUCAACAUUUCUUAGCCAUCCCUGACCACCUAUUUGUCUAAACUAAAUUUAGACUUGUCCAAGUGUUCGGAUUGAACCACUUGGAGAGAAAGUUGCUGUGGAAGAAGGGCACCUUUCUCCACAGAGCGUUGGCCUGCUCAUGGCCUCCAUGCAUUCAGAUCCUUCAUCAGAUCCUUCAGCAACGUCGUCUCUUCCCACACAGGACUGACAUUCUUCUUCACCCCGAAGUAUUUUAUGUUUUGGUUGUUACUGUCAACGGUACCUCUCUCCCUGUGCUUUGUUACUGCCGACUGUUACAGAAAGCUCCUGAGAUCUGUGCAUUCACUCACACACAUGCAGGUGUAAGUGCAGAGAUCACUCCCUUACUGAAUGCUGGGCAGUACUGGCGAUUGUUUUCUGUUUUGUUUUGUUUUGUGCCUGGUACCCAAAAGCAUCAGGAAGACUUGGUGGAUACAUGACAUUUCCGUGGAACCGCGAUUGACUCCACUGAUGGAAGCAUUCACUACCUGGGCUCUGAAAGCUCUGACGAGCCUUGGCUCUGCUGGAGGGUGGCUCUGCCUAGAUGGUUAGGGUCAGCCACUCCAGGUGGCUUCCUGAUGCCACCAGAAAGCCCACAGGGAACAUCCGAGACCGUGGAUGCGGCGUAUUCUCUUAGAACAUACUUUUUCUUAUGAGUGAGUGUA